AUGGAGGCGCCGUCAUCUCAAAGAACCGACGCAGGAGCCACCUCGAGAGCAACCGCCGGUCUAGAGGCCAUGUCCAUCCAUCAAAGAGCUCGCCGCCACCCUAGAUCACGCAUUGUCGUCGAACCUCUGUUUUGGACGAAUCUGCAACUUGAGCUGCUGCGGUGCACCUUUAGCGGACCUCACCCUGUGCCUCCAGCGACCAUGAAGCUCAAUUAUCCUGGCGAUGCUCGACGUCAAGCAAAGUUCCAUCGCUAUUUUGAUGGCGGAGAUGGCCACCCGGAAGCUGCUGUCCGGGUUCUCAUGGGCGGAUCCGAGGUUCCAUUGCAGUGGUUUCCCAAUCUGUAUUUUUGCCUCGGUGGCUAUCGCAGCAUCUUGCUACCCUGUUCGUACUUUUGCCUGCGGGACGAGUGUGAGGGCGACAAUGUCGGGCCGGUGCCUCCAGUCGCUGCGCACAUCGACCACCGCCAUAUUGUUCGUAUGCGGGAGAUGAAGUUGUUUCAACCGUGCAAUGGUAUUGGAUACAACCGACCCGGCGCAAAGUUGGCCAAAAUCAAACUACGGAAGCUCUCAUCCACGCCGCCUUUGCACGAGCCAUACUUGGUGGCGGUCCUGAUAGCCCUUGCCCAACAACAAUGGAGGACUUUGGGGCCAGCAGCGACCAAACGGGUGUCUGGCCCCAAGCUGUUGUAUACCUCAGGCGAUGGCGAUUUCAUGCAUUUGUACUCGACAAACAUAUCAUGUACCCUCAUACAUAUGUUUGAUGAUCCGGAUACUACCCCGCCGGUGCCACAGUCCCUCUCGAUCCAGAUCUCGGCUAUUCCGCUCAAGCCCUUCGAAACACUGCACACGCACGUUGGAGCCCGCCUCCACUGUUCCGAGAAAGCGAAGACUGAAGGGAUGUCCAUCUACAUGUACGGCCAGGCCGCGACACUCGUCGGGUUCUUCGACGACAACAUGGGCGGCGAGGGGACGCAAACUCGACAAUGA